CUCCAACUUAGUAUAUUUCAGAAUAUCCAAAAAUGGAUUAACUAUACUACUUCUGAAAUCUCAAGGAAGCCAUUUUCAAAUACAGGACAAUUUAAAAGCUGCCUCCUGGUUCUCCUGUUCUGAAUUCCAAAUUAUAUAAUCCAUGCCAAAUUAUAUAAUCUAUGCCAAAUUAUAUAAUCCACGGUUAAUCUAUUUGGAUUGAAAACCACCAGGGUCCCUUCAUACUUAACUAGUUUGAUCAACUCUUCCUUUACAGAAUUUUCCAGUUUUGAGCAAUUCCUAAGAUGUGUGAGUAAACUUGUGCUAGCAGGAGAGGCCAUCAAAACAAUAUUGUAAUAAAACAAACCAGAUUGUACACUGAAGAAAUAAAAUGCUGGAAAUGUUGAGACAACUAUUUGAAGUACUCACUGUCCUUUACUCUUGGUACAAAACAUGAUCUUUGACGAUAGCUCAGGACAUAUGUACCUUUAGCAAGUUGAAUCAGGUUGUCCAUGACCUAAUAUAACUUGCCAAAACUUUCUUAUUUAAUGGUGAAACUAAUGUUUAUAUCUAUCCUGAUGAAGACAAGAAAUCUCGUAAUUGGGGCCUUUGAGACAUUAUGCCUAAAAUUGUCGACCAGCCUUCACAGAAGUCCUUUCUCAAGUUAUGUCACUUUUCCUGGUGUUCUCAGGAAGUGUAAGCACAAAACGUUUGCACAUUCCUCCACAUCCUGCUGCUGCAGUCAUGAUGACAGAUGACAGUGGGAUGAAUUGUAUAUGCUGAAGGAUUCCAUUGAUCAGGCUCUCAGAACAUGCAGAAGUUCCGAAACAGGAACUUUUCAGGAUUGCCAGGAGGGACUUUUAGUUUACCUGGAACUGAAAAUAAGGUUUCCACUUGUGAAAAAAACACCACUUACUGAAAAGUCAGAAAGUUACGUUUGUAAUAUAUCUAAAAUCCUGUUCACUGGAUACAAUAAAUCCUACACGUCAACUUCGUGUUGUGACGUAACCCGGAAGAGAAUCUGCUCUUUGAAAGAUGGCUUCUGUUCGCUGUCGGCGAGAUCCUUGUGGUUUUAUUUGCUUGAUUUUGACUUAUUUCAGCGUUUUUUAUGCCGAUUAUGUGGUCGUACAGUACGUCCUGAUCCCAGCCUAUUCUGGAAGCAUAUGGUGUUCGUUCCAUGGCACAGUGUUCAAUAUCAUUCUAUUGCUGCUGCUUGCCUGUCACUUCCAGGCUGUCUUCUCUGACCCAGGUAUGGUUCCACUGCCAGACACUGCAAUAGACUUCUCUGAUCUCAGGUCACAGUCUUCACGCAAAAAUGACAGGGGCUGUGAGGGCUGGACAAUUUGCAGCAGGUGUGAAACUUACCGCCCACCUCGCGCUCACCAUUGCAGGGUCUGUCAGCGCUGCAUUCGCCGCAUGGAUCACCACUGCCCCUGGAUCAAUAACUGUGUGGGAGAGCUGAACCAGAAGUACUUCAUCCAGUUUCUUUUCUACACCGGACUGGCCAGUCUGUACUCCAUUGCCCUGGUGGUGACAGCGUGGAUCUGGCGAAUAAGGAGUGAGAGAGGUGGAGAUGGAGAAAGGGACAAAGACGAGGAAGAGGCUCCCAGCAAACACCUGAUCAUAGCACACUAUAUCAUCCUACUGGUGGAGUCUAUUUUGUUUGGAGUGUUCGUCACAGUCAUCUUUUAUGAUCAGUUGGUGUCCAUAAUAACAGAUGAAACGCCAAUUGAACAGAUGAGGAACAGACUCAUGAAGGACAAGACAUCUAACUCUCAGCACACACACACAACACACACUCGCAAACCAAAAAUUGCACUUCUCAGGGAGGUUUUCGGGAGAGGGUCAGUGUGGUGCUGGCUGUUCCCUUUCCACUCCAGUCCUCCCUCUGCUGGGGGAAUUAGCUACUCAGCUGUACCAGACUAUGAUGUUUAGUGAGAUGGCAAGAAGAAAUCCACUGGAUGGUCAGGAUUGGGGUUUACAACGAUGAUGAGUUCCCUCUUGUUUUGAACACACCUCCAUUAUUUAUUUAUCCAUUUUUUAAGUGUCCUGCAUUUCUCCAUGCACUACUCAUUGCCCUCUUUGCACGAUCUUGCCCACGAUCCUGUCCUCUGCACAAAUCUGCGGUUUACAGUACUGAUUACGUAACCUGGUCCCACGUGGGAUCACUGCCCUUAAAUGACCACUAGAGUGCAGUAUUUAUGGACUGAAGUAUAUUCAUACUAAUAUUGCAUUUGGAUUGAACUGCUGUUUCUACUUUUUGUUUUUAAGCAAAAUGCAGUAUAGAUUUUUCUGCAUAUUUAGUUAAUCUGUCUCACCAAUUUGCUACCUUUGGAUUAUAUUUAAUUGUUCUUUACUAUCUGUGGGUCACCUGUACAUAAUUAUGUAUUUUCUAACAAUACAACUUGCUUACAAGUUUACUGCUACACAAGUAUUAUAUUAUUGUGGGCGUUAUUUUGUUCACGUUUUGUUAAAAUAUUGCUGUUUGCUGCUGUUUAACAGAUACAGGGAUUUAUAUAUUUAUGAGUUAAGAAGGAUAAUGCGGGAUUGUGAUAUUUAUUUCAUUUUAAGUGUGAGUUGUACAUUUUAAAUAUUUAAUCUUAAGUAAAUGGUUAUUUCUCUUUUGA